AGGGAGCUAAGAGUUGUUGCUUGUGUGCUCUGGUAGCCAUACAAACAGCUCGCAAUGCUCGCCCCUUGCCUGCUGACCCUCGCCUCCUUCCUGCUGGAGGCCGGGGCACAAAUGUCUUCGAGUUUCUCCCGCAGCCUGAGGCGGGAUGGUCGCUGCAUUUACUCGUUUAGUGUAGCCGGGCCGGCCGAGGACGCUUGCUCGGAGCCCGGGGAGGCUCUGGCGGCGGUGAGGGAGCUGCGGAGCGAGAGGGAGGGCCAGCAGCGAGAGCUCGCCGAGCUGGCCAACAGGCUGCGCCUCCUGGAGAGCUGGAUGGUCCGCUCCCAGGGCCAGCUGUCCGGGCAGCAGGGGGAGAGCCUGAAUUUACUACGGAGGCUGCAGGAGCUGGAGCAGGAGAACAGGCAGCUCCGAGCCGGUCACUGCCCUCAGGCCGGCCGGGAAUCCCAGCAAGGCGCACAAAGUCUUACCGGGUCGUCCUCUCGCCAGAGAACGCAGCCUGAUGGACGUGCGUCCAGUUGGAGAUUCGAAGAUCGUGGGUUCCAAGAACUGAAGUCGGAGAUCACCGAGAUCCCAGCCUCCAGUCUGAUCCAGAGGAGCGAUCCGGGCGGCCAGGACACAGCACCACACAGUUCAGUAGGUUGUGGAAUGCUGGAAUGGGUAGGAGAUCCAGUUACAUUCCAAAAAGCAGACUCCAUCCUAGGCAAGUAUGGAGUUUGGAUGAAAGAUCCUGAGCCUGUACCACAUCACACCAGGGACACUAUCUGGAGAAUCAACACUGUUGGCACAGAUGUUCGGCUUCUAUACGAAUACAACGACCUGGAUCAAUUUGUGAAGGGCCACCCCAGCAAAGUAUACGUAUUACCAGAACCAGUGGAGAGCACAGGAAGCGUCAUUUACAGAGGCUCCUUGUAUUAUCAGAAACGCAAAUCAAGGUCCUUAUUGAGAUAUGAAAUGAAAACAGAGACUAUUUUAGUUCGAAAGGACCUAACUAAUGCAGGUUAUCAAGGUGUGUACCCAUACUCCUGGGGUGGCUACACAGACAUAGAUUUUGCUGUAGAUGAGAUGGGGCUUUGGGUAACUUACAGUACCCAUCAGGCUCAAGGAGCCAUUGUAAUCUCCAAAUUGGAUCCAAAAACUCUGCAAAUGGAGCAAACAUGGACAACAACUAUACGCAGAAGAUCAGUUGCUAAUUCUUUCAUGAUCUGUGGGAUUCUCUACACUCUAAACAGUUAUUCCAAUCGCCAUGCCAUAAUCAAUUUUGCCUACAACACUAACACAAACACCAGCAAGGUGAUGAAUAUCCCAUUUGAAAACCGUUAUCGAUACAACUGCAUGACUGAUUACAAUCCAGCAGAAAAGAAAAUCCUGGCGUGGGACAAUUUCAACAUGGUCAUGUAUGACAUUAGGCUUUCCAAAUUAUGAAGACCCUCAAGAAUAUCUUUGAAGGAACUUGUUUUAAAAACAUACAUAUAGAUAAUGGCUAGUUACAGCACAAGCAGCAAUUUACGCAUUAAUUGGAUUAUGCACAAAUAAUAUCUUCAUUCUUGACUGCAGUUUCACUACAAACCAAUCUGACAGCAUAUAAUAUAAACUGAACAAGAUGUUUGUUUAAAAUGCAGCUCAAUUGCAUUGCUGUUAAAACUUAAGUGAGUAGGGAAUGAGUCUAUCGACACUUGCUUAAAAAACUCAGUCCAAUCAAGUAGUUUGUUUUUUUUUUAAAUGGGAGCAUGUAUGAAAUUGUAGACUUGACUUCCCCAAAAAAAGUGCUUGUUUGAAGUUAACAUCUUUUAUAAGCCCUUGUUUUAAUCAUCUCAGAGCAAAAAUAAACUUGAUAAUAAUUAACAAUAUUCAAAAAAUCAACUCUAGUAUUUUGAUAAGAUACUAGGAAACCAAGUAGGUGUACUGAGACAGAAAAUUAAGCUGCAUUUACAUUUAUGUUUCAAGCUGGACUGGGCAUGUUUCGAUUGAGCUAACUGAACUAACUUAUUUACCAAAUGACAAACAUUCACACAAUUUAACAGGGCUGUAUCUUUGUACCAAAUGCAUUGUCAACUUCCAAGUACCAGCACUGGACUUUCUAAUUACCUUUAGUAAAAAUAAAAAAAAAUAAAGUUGGUAUAAACCUUUA